AUGGAUCUUCAAGUUUUCAAUGGAGAAAACCCCUACAAAUUGGAGGACUAUGAAAAAGACUUUCAGUAUUUUCCAUGCCUUACUAAUCCCAUGGAAACCCACACUGAAGCCACACUGUGUGAGUGUGAGGAGUGCUGGAGAGCAUUUGCCUUUUCCUCACACCUAAGUCAGUAUGUAACAAUUUCUUCUGGAGAGAAAUCCCAAAAAUGUAAGGAAUGUGGGAAAUGCUUUGCUACUUUCACUCAACUUUCUGCCCACAUGGAAGUCCAUACUGGAGAAAAACCCUUCCAGUGUAAAGAGUGCGGAAAAUGCUUUACAAGUAACACAUACCUUAACGAUCACAGGAAAAUUCACAGUGGAAUAAAAGCGUACAAAUGUGUGGAAUGUGGGAAAGCCUUCCUGAGGUGGUCAGGCCUGACUGAACACUUGCGAGGAGUUCACAGUGGAGAGAAGCCCUUUGUGUGUAAGGAGUGUGGGAAAGCCUUCUCGAGAUCCACUCAGCUCAAUGAACAUGCCAGAACCCACACUGGAGUCAAACCCUAUGAAUGUAAGGACUGUGGGAAGGCCUUCACUCAGUACUCGGGCCUUGCCACCCACGUGCGCAUCCACAGUGGAGAGAAGCCCUUUCAGUGUAAGCAGUGUGGGAAAGCCUUCACUAGGACCUCAGGCCUUAUUCACCAUGUGAGAACACACACAGGGGAGAAGCCUUUUGAAUGUAUUCAUUGUGGGAAAACCUUUAUCACUGCCUCCCACCGUACUAAACACAUGAAAAUUCACAGUGGGGAAAAGCCCUUUGUGUGCAAUAUCUGUGGGAAGGCUUUUGUGUAUUCCACAUCCCUCAACAUUCACAUGCGAACACACACCGGAGAGAAACCUUACAUCUGUAAGGAAUGUGGGAAAGCGUUUGCUGUUUCCUCCCGCUUAAGCAAACACGCAAGCGUUCACCAUGGGGGGAAGGCCUACAAAUGCGAGGGGAUCAGUGUUACUAUUUAA